AUGUCUGCCUCACAUGCCACUCUCACAGCAGCAGCAGACGACCGCAAGGCGCGUCUAGCCAAGCUAAAAAAGCGCAAACAGCCUGAGGAUGAGCUCGCAGCGCCAGAAUCCGAUCGCCAAUCUCCCAACCCGCCGGAGCAGGAUGUCGCGCGGCUGCACCUGUCUGGGCGCAACUUCGACUUGGAAACAAAAGGGCCGAAACUGGGCUUCGAUGCGCCGCCAACUGUUGCCUUUGAAGGCCAGACAUUAGAGGAGCAAGCCGCCGACCUGGAAGCGGAGGCGCAUCAGCAGGCAGCGGAGGAUGCGAAAGAUGAGAAGGGCAUCGACCUGUUCAAAUUACAGCCGAAAAAGCCCAAUUGGGAUCUCAAACGAGAGCUCAAUAAGAAACUGGAGGUACUCAAUGUCAGAACAGACAAUGCCAUUGCAAAAUUGGUGCGGGAGAGGCUGCAAACGAAGAAGGCAGCUGCGGAAAAGGAGGCCGGCUCUUCAGCAACCCUGGAAGAUGGUGUCCCUACCGGCCUGGAAGGCGCUGCUAUGGUUGAGGGCCUACGAAUGCGGGAGAAGGAGGAGGAAGAGGAGGAGCGACGGGAACGCGAGGACGACGAAUUGGCAUGA